GCGGCGCGGGCGCGGCGGGCCACGAUGGAUUUCCAGCAGCUGGCCGACGUUGCGGAGAAAUGGUGCUCCAACACGCCCUUCGCGCUCAUCGCCACCGAGGAGACCGAGCGCAGGAUGGAUUUCUACGCCGACCCCGGCGUCUCCUUCUACGCACGUGUGGAGUGAGAGCGAGGACUGCCUGCCUUUCUUGCAGCUAGCACAGGAUUACAUCUCCUCCUGCGGCAAGAAGACGCUCCAUGAAGUCUUGGAAAAAGUCUUCAAGUCUUUCAAACCUUUACUGGGGCUUCCGGAUGCAGAUGACGAUGCAUUCGAAGAGUACAGUGCAGACGUGGAAGAGGAGGAGCCAGAGGCGGACCACCCCCAGAUGGGGGUCAGCCAGCAGUAAACCUCCAGGGGUGCCUAGUGGAAAAGGAGAAUGAGCCCCGGGGCACCCUGGGGGGGUCCUGCGCUCCUGGGCUAGCAGUUUGCAUUCGCACUUCGAAACAGGACGUCUGGCUCCCAGUACCCAAAUUCUAAUGAAAUACCUUUUGAAUGACCACAAAAUAUCUGUGAUGAGCUUUGCUCAGAAGUGACCUGAAUUUCACUCCCGCUUCCGUGGGGUUUCUCUGGAGUUGUCUUGGUAGCCUUUGCCAUUUUGAAGUUAGAGUCCAUUUUGUGGCUGACUGAUCUCUCUUGAGUUUAUGUUGGAGAAUUAACAUUUGCUGACUCGAAUGUAGAGAACUGUGAAUGUAUUAAGGGUAUGUUUGAGUCCUCACAGGUGCCCUUACCGAGGGGAGCAUGGCAGAGAAGAAAUGCAGUCUGCACUUUUUAUGUACCUUUUAAGUGUCCGUAAGUGAAAGGUUUUGCUUAUAAAGCAUGAGUUUUAAUAUCUAGUCAUUAAACUGCCCAAGUGCAAAUGCAAGAAAAGGAUAAUCACUUAGACUUGGAUUAAGAGGGUAAGACAGGCCGAGAAGCCUUUAAGUGUUUUGCCAUUACUAAGUUACCUAAGUAUGUAGCAACUGGUUCAUGGUUAGGUGUAAAUGUUACUCGUUCAGUUGUUUCAAACAUGCUAAUUCCAAAGCUACUUUUAACGUCUAACAGUGGAAAAUGUAAAUGGGGUGAAAGACAUCGAUGCUUGAUUUCUUUAAAAUGUUUAUAAAACGUCCCACAUAGGAAUUGAAACAUUUACCUUUUCUCUUAAUAAUGAGAUGGCAACUUGUUAAAUCAUGAAAACAUCCAGAAUCCAAGUGCCACUUAAACUUUGAAGCCAUAAAGAAAUUUAAUAGGAAAAUAAACCAGGAGAAAAAGUUAAAAAAAAAAAGAAAAAAGAUGGAAUCCUUCUUUACUUUCUUAAUCUUUUAUUCCUUGAAAAGAAAGAAAAAGUCAAGCAAAGGAUCCCAUUAUGUAGUUUAUUAAAAAAUCGUAAUCCAGUGUUCGAGGGACCUAACUGCAGUGAAUUUUUCAAGCGACACACAUAAAUAGGGAUCUUCUCAUUGUUAGCUUGGUUCAAGGGGACAUUUUAGUGAUCAAGACACUCAGACAACUCACAGGAACAACUUCUGUAAUAACUGGAAGGACACUGCAAUCGGUUAGCCAGCAAAUACUUACCAGGGAAGCCUUCGUAAUGCUACCGUGGAAUCAUCUGAAACAAUUCCGCAUCUCUGGUUCUGAUGCCUUCAGAUGUGGGACGCCUCCUUUCCAACGGUCGACUAAACCUAGCAUCCGGGGUGGGAUUGUUUUAAACGUGCACACACGUGCCUGUCAGGUUGUCAGAGUUUUGAAUUUUUUACAAAAGCAGCAGAGGCCACAGAACUUAUGGGAGUCUUGUAUAUCUUCCAGGCAUGUCGGUGUAAACCUGAUCGUCUCAACGUUUUCUGUUUAAUCGAUUGGUGCCGUGAGGAGUUUGGCCACUCGUGGUCACACAGUGUCCUGCAGUUUUAAGUCAUUGGGUGACAAUACAGUGAUUUCCAUCCGUGCUUUAGUGCCCACAGUUUUAUUCUGUUCUGUUUUUCAGAAAAAUGUAGUCAAAGUUCAUUUUGAGUAAAAUGAAUCCUGCCGAGUAGCCUAGUAGCAAGACAGAAUCUGGUUGUCCAUCCACUGGGGGGAGCUGCUUGUCCCCUUUGCAGUGCCACCCGGGUGCUGACGGGCUCAGUCUGAGCAGAGGUGAUCGUGAGCUACCCCUUCUGUAGACGUCGCCCAGGUUUGCCACUUCUGUUGACACCUAGGCCCCCAAGAAUGACUUCUGCAACAUUUGAUGUGAAGACGCUCAGCUAGCUGGCUCCAGGGGAAGGAAAACUGGAAUGUUAUACAGAGGGGCUUACGAUCUAACUUGGUACGUGUUCGGAAGCGAUGGGAUGUUGAUUUCAAGUGUAUUUUAUCAAAAAAGUGUUUAGACUUUGACCAAAUGCAUUUUGGUAUUAUCAUGUUAAUAUUCUCUGUUGAUAUAAACUGAGCUGAGAGAGACUUAGCUGUUUAGUGAGCUGAUGAGGACUCUCAUCUUCGUCUGCACGGGGAUAGGGAAGAGCCGACAUGGCUGAACGUUAUUUUCCACUGCAAAAUCCCAAAGUCGAUUGUUUCCUCCGAAACUUCCUUUUCCGUGAUUAUGUGCUCGUCCUUCCCAGCGCGUGCUCUCCCUCUCACUCACACUCUCCCGCGCGGCUGCGCUUGCACACACCCCCACACACCCACACACCCACACACCCACACACCCACGCCUGCACUGUGGCUUCGCUGAUCAGAGCUGUGCAGCCCUGCAGCUCACACUGUAAAAACGUCGCCUGUGGCCCGUGAGGUAUGGCAGCCUGUGGUUUUGUGCACACAGUUCCACAGAGAGACCAGCUCCUAGCCUUCCUCAAACAUACAAGCACCUUUCCAGGAGGCAGCUAUGUGGGAGGAGCCUGGACCUGGGAACGAGGAGACACCUGGGUUUAGUCCUGAGGGACUGUGUGACUUUAACAAGUCAAUCCGUCUGUGACGCAAGGGGUGUUUGCCCUUGUGGCUUUAACCACUGUCCUGCUGUGCCUGCCUUUGACAAGGGUGUAGAAGGAGCACCAGUCACGGAGACUUACAGGGACAUGAGAUGGGAAGACAUUCGGGAUCUUGGCGGGAUGCUGGCCCUGGGGUUCCUUUAGAACACGUUGGCCUGUGAGCAAGGCCCCAGGGACGUGCUCGUCUCGACCAUGUCGCCCUGCCUGUGGGAGGCUUAGCCUUCCAGACCGGUGCUGUUUGCCUCUUUUUUUUUUUUUUUUUGAGCCCGAUAGACUGAGGCUUUGGAAUUGGUUCCAAAUUGAACUUAAUCGAGGGGGGAGAGAUUUGCAUGAAGAACAGCUGCAAGACUGAAAGAUGAGUACUUUUACUGUUCGCCAUGUCCUUCAGCAGAAAGUGACAGUUAACGUAAGAGUGAAUGACGGUGCAAGGAUGUCGUGUGUGUGAGAAUGGGAAGGGCGGGCUGCUUGCUGAUCACUGUGGGCUAGCUGUGCAGUCUGAAGUCACGCCUGUGAUAACGUCACACAACUGUGGUCCUGGAUGUGAGCACAUCAUGGUGACACGUUUCUUACAGCUCCCUGGUUCCUUUCCUCUGCCUGAUCAUAUCAAGCAGGCUUCAGGGAAUCGGAGAAAGUCACGGAGCCAGGGAGGGAGGUGCCACCCCACGCAGUGCCUGUCACCGCCGUGGAUUUGCUCCACUGGUGUCCACUCCUGUCUCCCUCACCCACAGCAGCACCUGGGACACAACAGGAAGUCCUCUGUCGGGGUCUCCCUGUGUCCUGCUGCCAGACUUAGCUCUCUGGUGGAAGGGGAAUUUCUUUCCUCUAGAAGUGACCGUCUUUCACGCAUAAGCAGAAACCGCUCUGUAGCACACUGUCUCCCGAUAUCGUUUCUGUUUCCUAAGAGCACAAAGCAAGGGACUAGGGGCAGGCGAUCCAGAGCAUCGUCGGAACUUGUAUGUUAGGGGUCUGCUUUGCAUGUGAAAAUUGACAAGUUGGGAAAGUUGCGAUAGGAACAAAUCUGACUUCCCACCAUGAGGCACACAGGAAGAGGCAGGACUUACACUGGGGGGAGGUGAAUGAGGGAGAGUAGGAGUGUAAGCCUCUGAGUGUUGAAAUCACAAAAGCCAGUGGGCGUUACCACGUGGGUCACAGGAAAACUGUUUCCGUAGCCUGCUUUCCUCAGAGGGGGUGACAGGGUUGAGAGGCAAGGAAGGCCUUGUGCUGGUAAUGGCUCUGUAACUUGAAAGGUGCUCCCAAGCUAAGGGGACAGCCGGUGACCUGCCAAUCCUUCCGGAGUUCUAACAGAUGCAGAGGGCCUUCAGUCGCCAGGCAGGCAGAACGUGAACCAAAGUUGGGUGUCACUGGUGCCUGUGAGGAGGCCAAGGCUGGAAAUGCCCCGUGGGCCAGAGGGAAGGGCCCAGUGACUGUGCUUCAGGGCUGUAGAAAGAGCACAAUGAAACUCGAGUGGAUUGCCGACCCUUCUUCCUCGUAAAGUGUUAACUCCAAAGACAUGCCAUUGCCGGUUACUUAGUCUUCAAAGAAGCCCUAACGUUUUUUAGAAUUAAAUAAUAAUUCUCUUUCAUAAAGACCCAGUUAUCUUGGCUUUGUGAUAACAGGUAAGACAGGAGAAGCUCAAGUCCUUUAUGUUUUAUACAGAGUAAUUCUAGAACUUAGCCUGUGGUGUCCACGGUAAAAUAGCUAUAGCCCCUCAUUGGGCAAACGAUUCAAUAAGAGGUGGUCUUUUAUCAUUUUUUCUUAGAUUUGGAUUACAAAAGCAGCAAACCUAUGAGCACUUCACAUUAGAAAACCCCAUUUAUGACACGUGCAGGGCUCAAUAGCAUGGUAAAAAUGGGCGCCAGGCCACAGGAAGAACAAGUGUGUCAUUCACUUAGAACUGUAUUCAAGUUGUUUGGCACCAGAGAGGAGGCUGACAGUCUGUUCUCUGUGAACUGUCUUUUCCUGGUUUUCCCUUCUGUUUUCGUCUCCCAGGGUUCACUUUUCACUAGGUACCUUCUGCCAUCCUGGCAGGUAAAGACGCAGGGCGGCGCUCCCUGGAACGGCAGCUUUGCAGGGAGGAGGACCGCCUCAGCUCUCGGGCACUCUGAACCGUCUGCCGUCUGGUCUCGAUCUGGGUAUGAGAGCAAAAUCCCGCCGUUCCCCAAGAAGCAAAAGCAAGGAACAGUUGUUUCGUUUUGUCUGUUCAAGGCAAGAAAUGUUUCCUGUAGGGUGUUGUGCUUUCUUUGCCUUCCUAUUUCCUUUCGAAGAAAUCUCUUGUAAAUGACAAAACUGUGAAAUGGGUUGCCAAAAAUUGUUGCCCGUGGUUAGAUGCUUCAAACAGUGUAAAUCCAGUACCGAGCCCUGUCCACAUCUGCUCCCUCCUCCCUCCCCAGGAGCGAGGAUCUCAUCCGACCAUGUAAUUACCAUACGCUUGCUAUUAAAGAGCCUUCCAGACCGGU